AUGAAAUUACCUGAUGAUAUCAAUGAUGAACCACCAGAAGAUAUUGACGGUCAAUUUGAAAUGAAAUUACCUGACAAUAUCAAUGAUGAUAUUAGCAAUGAUGAGCCAGCAGAGGAUAUUGACAAUCAAUUUGUAAUGGAACUACCUGAUAUUAAUGAUGAUGAACCACCAGAGGAUAUUGAUAAUCAAUUUUCAAUAGAAUUACCAACUAAUCAUGAUAUUGAAGAACAAGUUGAUGAGGAUGAUAAACCUCCAGGUUGGUAG